AUGGUUACGUCAUCAACUCUUGUGCAGACGAUGAUAUCAUCAGCACAUGUUCUUUUGUUGUACAUUUUGCAAAUUUGAUGAUGUUUUAGAUGCCGGAUCGGGAUCUAUGCGUUGGUCUUCAAGCCCGAUGGAACCCAGCUGUUGGCCGCCGCCGACAAUCGGGUACUUGUUUAUGAUCCCAAUGAUGGGACUCUGGUGACGUCAUUGAAAGGUAAUUGCACUUUAGGCACUAAAUUGAUUUAGUUUUUUUGGAAAUUGAAAUAGCCCCAAUUUAAAAUUUUUCAAGAGAUCUUUCAUCUAUGAUCCCUCAUACUGUGCGAACCGCGCGUACCAGUCGAAAGCGUAUUUUACAACCUCUUUUUCAGGUCACAAAGACCUCGUUUAUUGCCUUGCUUUCUCCUUUAAUGGUGAGAAAUUUGCCUCGGGCUCUUUGGACAAGACUGUUAUUGUAUGGAAUGAUCAACACGAAGGAUUACUCAAAUAUACGUAUGUUUUUCUACUAUUUUUUUUUUAAUUUGCUGGUCUAUUUAUAAUACUAUUUUAAUUUCAGUCACAACGAUUCCAUCCAAUCGUUGGCCUUCAGUCCCGUGGCCAUGACCUUGUUGAGCUGUGCUGUCACGGAUUUUGGGAUUUGGAAUCAAAAUGAUAAGAAUGUCAGCAAGCAGAGAGUCAACGUCAAAUGCACUUGUUGUGCAUGGAGUUCUGAUGGACAGUACUACGCAAUUGGCUUCACGGAUGGAACAGUUUCGAUUCGAUCUAUAACUGCGGCUACUGUAAGAUCGAAAAAAAUUUGAUUACAUAAUUGUGAUGGGUAUUUUCAGACAGCCGAAGAGGCAAAUAAAAUUGAGCGAAGAUCCGGUGAGCCAAUCUGGGAUCUGAGUUUCGGAUUAACCAGACAAAAUAAUCAUUCUUCUGAGAUGCUGGCAGUAGUCGAUUGGAAUCAAAGUGUUGGAUUUUACAGUUUUGAUGGAAGAGCCGUGAGUCAAAUUUUGGCCUGAAGAAUUAUCGUAUUUUAAUCUGAUAUGCAUAGACAAUCAUCAAAAAUUAUUUUGACAUUUUAGACUCAUCGAGGAGACAAGAUCCUUGCUUAUGACGCUACCCUCGUUGAAUACUUUAACAACGGACAGUUCCUUCUUCUCGGUGGUUCAAACCACGCCAUCUCCAUUCAUACUCGCGAUGGCAAUGAAUUGGGAACUCUCGCUCAAGCGGAUUCUUGGAUUUGGACAGCAAAAGCGCGCCCAAAUCAACCGGCCAACAAUGUAAAUAUUGUCAUGGCUUGUACGGAUGGAACGCUAGCAAGCUACACGUUGAUGUUCAGCACUGUGCACUCAUUACACAAGGAUCUGUAUGCCUACAGAGACAUGCUGACAGAUAUUGUUGUUCAGCAUCUGGGGCGGCAAAGAAGUAUCCGAAUUCGAUGCAAUAGUUUGGUAAGAAAAGUUGCGAUCUACCACAAUCGCCUGGCCGUGCAACUGAGUGACAAAAUCCUGAUUUAUCGGCAAAGUUCGGGAGAGAAGGAAGGCGAACAAGUGGAAUAUAAAUUAAUGGACCGAAUCAAUCGAAACCUCGAGUGUUCGUUGUUGGUGGUCACGGCACAUCAUUUGAUACUAUGUCAGGACAAGAGAUUGCAAUGUAUUGAUCACAAAGGGCAGAAGCAGAGAGAAUGGACGAUGGAAUCGAUGAUCAGAUACAUCAAGGUUGUUGGAGGACCUCCAGGCAGAGAGGCGAUUCUUUUGGGAUUGAGGAAUGGCGUGGUAAGAGAGUUUAAAGUUUGCUUUUCAGAUGAUCGACACAUUUCUUAUUUGAGCUCACAUUUUCCAGGUGAACAAGAUUUUUGUCGACAACCCAUUCCCGGUCGAAGUUGUUCGUCUUCGUCAUCCAAUCCGAUGUCUUGAUGUCUCAUUAUCGAAACGAAAAUUGGCUGUUGUCGAUGAGAACAAUGUGUGUAUGCUCUUUGAUACUAUAAGCAAGGAAUUAAUCUCGCAAGAGCCUAAUGUGACAAGUGUUGCGUUCAACUCGGAGAAUGAGGAUCUUUUGUGCUAUUCGGGCCAAAACUGUUUGUUUGUCAAGGCCAAGAACUUCACUCCUUAUCAACAACGAAUUGACGUGAGUUGGGCUUUCUAUAAAUUUUAUUUUUUACAAGUUAUGUUCGGAAGAUGGCUCAAGUUUUCACUUGGCAUUUCAGGGAUUUGUCGUGGGAUUUACUGGCCGACGUUUCCACUGUCUCCAUUCGUACUCGAUGACUACUAAUGAGUUGCCAUUGACAAGUCAGCUGCUUCAAUAUCUUGAUGCCAAGGCUUUUGCGUAGGUUGAAGGCCUCUACUUUGGUUAGAUCAUCUUUUUUCUAUAUUGUCAUCAUUUUCAGAGAUGCCUACGAACUCGCCUCCCUUGGAGUUACCGAAAAAGACUGGCAACUUCUUGGAAUCGAAGCCUUAGAGAAUAUGGAGUUUGAAGUCGCCAAAAAAGCCUUUCAUCGCAUCAAAGACAGUCGCUCUUUGCUUCUGAUCAACGAAGUUGAGGACAUGAAAACAUGCGGGAAGUCCAUUGAAUCCAUUCGAGCUCAUGUCUACGCCUUCAAUCGGCGAUUCCGUGAAGCCGCCAGGGUGCUUCAGGACAGUGGAGCUGAACAAAAUGCUCUGGAGAUGUUCGCGGACCUCCGAAUGUUCGAUCAAGCUCAAGAAUUCCUUUCUACGGCUUCAAGUGAGACACAAAAAUCGCUGCUGAGAAAGAAAGCCGAUUGGGCGACCGAAGCGAAUGAUCUAAAACUAGCUGCGGAAAUGCUUAUGGCCUCAGGGGACUAUGACAAAGCCAUCAAAAUCAUGAUGCAAAAUGAAUGGACCGACAAGAUUUUACAAAUGGCCACAAGGUUAGACCGAUCGGACGCUAAUGUAAUCCGUGAAAUUGGAAAUUAUCUGGCCGAUAAAGGCGAGUACACAAUUGCUGCUGGUCUGUUCGGGCAGAUUGGAGACAUACGAUCCAUCGCUAUGAUGCAUGUCAAAGCAGAGAAUUGGGAGGAUGUAAGUUUAAAUUUUUGA